UUUUUUUUUCAUUUCUGAUAGGCUCUCUCUCUCUCUCUCUCAUUGUCUCACUAUCUCGAUCUUGAUCGUAGAGUCAUGGAGGUCCGGCCCAAUCCGACGGCGGACAACGCGUCGAUCCCGCAGCCGCAUCAUCGCCAUGCAGUGGCGGCUCCACCGAAACAGGCCGCCAAUUCGCCUAUUCCCGUCGACACAUCUUCUGUUUCUCAGAGGCUUCAAAAGGAAUUGAUGUCUCUCAUGUCUGGUUGCUGUAAUCCACCAACUUCAUGCGAUUACAACAUGGCAACAGCGGUAGCCCAAGACCCGGAUUGCUACCAUUGGAACAAUGCGCCCGACUUGUUAUGCUACGAGUGUGAUUCUUGCAAGGCCGGGGUGAUUGAGAAUGUGAGAAAGGACUGGCACAAGCUCUCUGUUCUUAACAUUGUCAUGCUUGUGUUCCUUAUUGGGAUUUAUUCAAUUGGCUGCUGUGCUUUCCGAAACACAAAACGAGCUGAAACUGAAUACCUUUAGAGCAUUCCCAUCAGGUCUCUCAUAAAAAAUGUCAUUUUGACACUCCA